CUCUCAGGCCUUUGCCCGGGCGAUGGGAGUCGACGAAGUCGUCCAGGGAGACUGUGCUCAGGUGCUUGACGUCCUCUUCCUGAAGCACGUAACAUCUAUGUCUCCAAUGGAUGAUGAAGACCCCUUGUCGAUUCUGAGGCCGGGCUUAGGUCUCAGUUCUUUGGCGCGAGCUGUCAUCAGUUUAGUCCAUGAACUGAUGACAGCAAGGAGACGUGCCGAAGGACUGAGGGCGUCCCUAGAGGAACAGAGACAGGACACAGUGCGACUUUUUGUGAAGUCGUUGCUGUGUCUGGGCAUCAGGGAGUCAAAGACACGGAGGUGUCUUGAUUCCCUGAUGGAGGCACAGGAGCGCAUAGUUCAUCAUAUCUGCGCUGACAUCGAGAGCCAUCCGGUGGAAAUCCAGGUGGACUGGGUCCCUGGGCUUGUGAAAAAGGUUUUCAGGGACCUCAGAGAAACCUUUGGAUGUUCUGCCAGAUGGGCUCUGGGCUUCAUGGAGCACGAGAUUGUCGACGACACGAUUGUGUCGUCUCUUUUAACCCAGAUUGAAAAGCACCAGAAGAAGAGGGGCAGUUUUUUCUCAAAACUUUCUUCUGGUGCCAACAUCUUCAAGAGGUAUUUUAUCAAAUGAAAUGCCUCUUGAAGAUGUCAAUCUCGGCUGUCGAUCUCGGCUCCAUGACGCCCCCCUGUGCCUCCGCCUCUCUGUUCCUCUGUUGGUCCUGGUAUCGAGUCCUCUCUCCGUGCCUCCGUCGGUCCCAACCCCAAAAAGCCUCCAAUAAUUACCUUAACAAUUAUUUCCAGUCAUAUUUGAUCACUUUAAAUGUUACUUAAAAAGGGAUGCAUAGUUCGUACCACUGUUGCCUUGCAGUUUGAUGGUACUGGGUUCAAUUCUUGGCCCGGGGUCUUUCUGCAUGGAGUUUGCAUCAUCUCCCUGUGCAUGGGACUGGUGACCUGUCCAGGGUGACCCAGCCUCUGACUUGUUGACCGCUGGAGAUAGGUACCAGCACACUUCCUG